AUGUUUAAGUGCUUGCCCUUUAUAAAAGGAUGCGGAACACAGAUUGAUUCAAUCGAAAAAAGUCAUGCUAGUCUGACUUCAGUCCCUGACGACGUUCUCAGAAGCUAUAGAACGCUAGAGGAAUGCAAACUCGAUGCAAAUCAGAUCAAAGAGCUGCCAAACGCGUUUUUCCGUCUAGAAAAAAUACGGAUCCUCUCCGUUAGUGAUAAUGAACUUACCCGUAUUCCUCCGGGAAUUGGGAAUUUUUCGUAUCUUGUGGAACUCGAUAUUAGUCGGAAUGACAUCAGUGAACUUCCAACUAGCUUGAGGCUCUGUGACUCGCUACAAAUUCUCGAUGCAAGCAACAAUGCCUUGAAAAUGUUGCCAGAGGGGUUCUCUCAACUUCGGAGUCUUCGUGUCCUAAGUUUGAACGAUGUAUCACUAUAUGAACUGCCUGCCGACUUUGGGGGAUUGAAAAAGUUACAAAAGCUGGAACUUCGGGAUAACUAUUUGAACAGCCUUCCAGUUACGUUUGGUGAACUCUCUAGCUUGGAGUUCCUCGAUCUUGGUGGAAAUGAUUUUGUCACAUUGCCAUCUUCCAUUGGGUCUCUCCAAAACCUUCUCGAAUUAUGGCUUGACGACAAUCAGAUGACAUCACUCCCUGAUGAAAUUGGAAAUCUGCAUGCACUGCAACAGAUGGAUGUUUCAGAGAAUCGUCUCACUUCCCUUCCGUCCACAAUUGCUGGGUUGACCUCUCUCUCUGACCUUAACUUAACCCAGAACUUUCUUGACUGCCUCCCCGAUGAAAUUGGCCAGUUGGGCAGCUUGAGUGUCUUCAAAUUGAAUCGAAAUCAACUGGUUGACUUGACACCAGCCAUCGGAAGGUGUCAGAACCUUUUGGAGUUCUAUUUGACGGAAAACUAUCUGUCGAUUGGGAAGUGUGUGGCACUACAAAUCCUCUCCCUUCGUGAUAAUAAUCUCCGUCGAAUACCCUCUGAAAUUGGUAAUCUUACCCAACUUCAUGUUCUCGAUCUGGCAGGCAAUCGACUUGAUCGACUUCCAGUUUCACUGACAUCAUGCCCCCUCAAGGCCCUCUGGUUAGUUCAGAGUCAGGCCCAGCCAAUUUCACUUCAACGCGCUUUGGACGAGAAAAGCGGCGAGGAAUAUCUUACUUGUUACCUUCUUCCGCAGGAAGCUGACGAUAAUGUUUGCCGUAACGGACUGCCUUCGUCUAACGCCUCUAGUCCAGGCGCAACGUCGAAUCAGUUCAAGAAGGAACUGGAAUCUACAAAUGGAACCCUUCUACCUACUACACAAAUCCCCUCUGGAACCUCCUCUAUCAUUAAUUUGGAGGACGAAAAGGAGGUGGGUGUGGAGCGGGAGGAGGACGAGACAAUACCAGAGGCAACUUCGGCGUCCAAUAGAGUGCGAUUUACCGCUGAGGAAGGCGUCACCAAGGCCGCCAAUGAUACAUCGGUUCGCGAGUACCCUAAGACGAGACACCCGAUGCACCUGAAGAAGGCCACAUUGGACGGCGAACUCGGGCACAAAGUGGUAAGUGGUUUCCACAAAGCACACAGCUAA